AUGACGAUAUCGAAAUACGAAUCCAGUGAUUUGAGUAAGACCAAAUCAGAUUCAACCCUACUCACGCAAGACACAGUAAUAGAAAGAGACAGAUCAAGAAGAAUAUCCGAAACAGUAGUUGAUAUGAGUUAUAUUAAAUCUGAUUUGGAAGACAUUUUCGAAGAGGCCAUCCUCAGGGUUUGCGAACUCCAAAUGAUGGAAGACGAUACUAUGAGCGAACAAGAGGACGUCGACAACUACAACACUUACACAAAACCACCACAAUACAGUUUACCAUACAGCAUAGAACUAUCAGACAUCUUAGAAGAAGACGAAACAUCUGGAUUGGAUAGAAUAUCCAUACAGGCGAAAGAAUGCGCUGAGGAACUUAUGAAAUUCAUUGAAGAUAAACUCCAAAAACAUUUCGACGACAGUUCUGGCCCGUCGACUGAAGAGUUCAGUCGCGAAUUCGACCUAAGUCCAAGCCAAAAGUCACAGAGUCUGGUUGAUCUAAGGAACAUACCGGAUCUACCGCCAAGUCUGAUAAUAAAGCCGAAAGUGAUUCGAGUCGAUAAAUCGACGUCCACGAGCGAGGAUUCGAUUGAUAGAAAGACCGAUUCGUCAUCUAUGACUGAAGACAAAAGCGAACGAACCGAAAGGGUUUUAGAUAAAUUGGAGUCGUUACAUAGAUUCUUUUCUAGAUCUCGCUUGGAAAUAAUUGACGAAAGUCUAGAAGAUGAUAGGAAAAGCCCUAAGGGGAGGAAACAUUAUGCCAGUCUAGACGACGUGGAAGAUUUGGCUGAGGAUAAUGAUAGGAAAAGUCCAAAGGGGAAGAAAUUCCAAGCCAGUCUAGACGACGUGGAAGACUUGGCUGAGGAUAAUGAUAGGAAAAGUCCAAAGGGGAAGAAAUUCCAAGCUAGUUUAGACGAUGUGGAAGACUUGGCGGAAGAUAAUGAUAGGAGAAGUCCAAGGGGGAAGAAAGGACGAGCCAGUCAAGACAAUAUAGAAGACUUGGCCGAAGAUAAUGAUAGGAAAAGUCCAAGGGGGAAGAAAUUCCAAGCCAGUCUAGACGAUGUGGAAGACUUGGCGGAAGAUAAUGAUAGGAAAAGUCCAAAGGUGAAGAAAUUCCAAGCCAGUCUAGACGAUCUGGAAGACUUGGCGGAAGAUAAUGAUAGGAAAAGUCCAAGGGGGAAGAAAGGACGAGCCAGUCAAGACAAUAUAGAAGACUUGGCCGAAGAUAAUGAUAGGAAAAGUCCAAGGGGGAAGAAAUUCCAAGCCAGUCUAGACGAUCUGGAAGACUUGGCGGAAGAUAAUGAUAGGAAAAGUCCAAGGGGGAAGAAAGGACGAGCCAGUCAAGACAAUAUAGAAGACUUGGCCGAAGAUAAUGAUAGGAAAAAUCCAAAGGGGAAGAAACUUCAAGCCAGACUAGAUGAUGUGGAAGACUUGGCGGAGGAUAAUGAUAGGAUUGAUGAUGUAGACCAAAUUUAA